AUGGCCACCGCAGGUCGUCCUCGCGUCUUUUUCGAUAUUGAAAUUGGAGGUAAACAGGAAGGGCGAAUUGCGCUCGAGUUGUUCAAUGAUGUGGUCCCCAGGACAGCAGAGAACUUCCGUGCUCUAUGUACCGGUGAAAAGGGCGUGGGAAAGCAAGGGAAACCUCUUAGUUUCAAGGGAUCAAUUUUCCACCGUGUCAUCAAACAAUUCAUGAUUCAGGGAGGAGACUUUACGGCUUUCAACGGAACCGGUGGUGAAUCUAUCUACGGCGAGAGAUUCGAGGAUGAGAACUUUGAGCUUAAGCAUGACCGCCCUUUCCUCCUAUCGAUGGCUAAUUCCGGGCCCGCCACGAAUGGUAGCCAGUUUUUCAUUACCACAGUCGAGACGCCGCACCUGGACGGCAAGCAUGUUGUGUUCGGACAGGUUAUCAACGGAAAGAGCCUCGUCCGGAAAAUCGAAAACAUGCCCACACAAGCAGACAAGCCCACGAGUGACGUUGUUGUCGCUGAUUGCGGUGAAUUGACGGGUGAGGAGUAUGCGAAUGCCGAUAAAAAGGCCGUCGAUGCCACCGGUGACCCAUACGAAGAUUACCCGGCGGAUUAUGAUGGCGAGUUGACGGCGCCAUUAGUCUACGAAAUUGCUUCCAAGCUCAAGGAGCUCGGUAAUACAGCCUUCAAGAGUGGGCAGUCUCAUGUCGGAUUGGAGAAGUAUCAGAAAGGUCUCCGAUACCUCAAUGAAACGCCCGACGCCGAUGACAAGGACCCUAAGGAGCUCAAUGGCCAACUCAAAGCGUUGCGAUUCACUCUGCAUUCCAACUCUGCUCUGCUUGCCAACAAGCUGAAGAGCUUCAAGAACGCUAAAACAUGGGCUGGUUACGCAUUGGAAACAGCCUCGGCUGCUAAUGCUAAGGAUGCCGACCGCGCUAAAGCUCACUUUCGCCGCGCUGUGGCUGAAAUAGGUCUUAAGGAGGAAGACGACGCCCUUAAGGACCUGGAAGCGGCGUUGAAGCUUGCUCCCAAUGAUGCUGCCAUCAGCAACGAAAUUGCACGUGUAAAGAAGAUCAUUGCUGAGGCCGAGAAGAAGCAAAAAGCAGCUGCUCGAAAGUUCUUCUCAUAA